CACUAGCGCGCACAUACACACCAGCGCAGAGCCAUCAGACCUCAGUAACAGUAUUCAGAGCCCAGCAGUCACCACACUCAGAGUCCAGCAGCUACCACUCAGACGCUCCAGCAAAAUACAGUAUUCACUCGUCCUGUAUACGUCUGAUCAAGGAUAUACACCAAGGACAUACAUCUCAGCAUGAAGGUAAUGAUAAUGGUCUUCCUUGUAUUUAUGGUCUCUGGAGAGACCAUAGAAGACCUUCCAGACCCUCAAGAGUGGAAACAAGGUCCUUCUAGGACUCAGUUCGGUCCCAGACCAGCUUCAGUAGGCCUAGGAGCCCAGGAGAGCUCCUCUUACGACCUCACACAGGCCUAUAACAGCCUAGCUGCUAACAGAAUGGGUAGCACUCUCUUCAGCAGCAACACAGGCAGCAACAGUAACAGCAACAGUAACAGCAACAGCAAGAUUUCUCCUGGAGGCUACGCAGAUGCUGGUAGCAGUGCUAGUAACUACUAUGGCAGCAGUGACUAUGGCAGCUACGGCAGCGAGAGCGGUUAUGGGUUGUCGUGUUCUUCAGGUUACGUCAACGCCUCGGCCGUGGCUCUUCUUGCCUUCCUCUUUCUUCUCAACAUUGUCCAGGAUGUGGUACAACAGAUAACAGCAGGACGGAGGAAGAGGGAAGCCGAAGACGAGGCCAAGAACGAGGUGUUCGACUUUGUUUACAACGGAGGUCUGAGUGCCCUGAAGGAAGACCUGCCUCAGAUUGUCCUCCCUCUCAUGGUUGACCUGAUGGAGGCGUCGGAGGUUCCCUCCUGCAUGGAGAGGCCAUUGUGUGAGGCCAACAAGGCACUCUCCAUCAGGCACGGAGUAGUGGGUCGUGUCCUGGCCUCUCUGAUCUCCAACGUCGUAGGUAAAGCCUUCACAGGGGACGACCACUCCAAGUUCCGCCAGGUGCUGGAGGCCGCGUCUGAUGGCAGGUCUAGACACGACUGCACAGUCAGGUCUCCCGGGUGUUUCGGACGAACCUCCAGUCCUCUGGGAAACAACCAACGGGACGAUUAGGGGCUUCGAGGCGGCUCACAGGAGGCUUCGACGACAGGACGACUUGGCUAAAAGAGGGAUAGGGGCCUCUGGAUUUGCUGGGAACUACAGCCGGCAUCGUUAACCCGUCCGAAAUCCUCGGCUUGAUGGGCUCGUACGGCACUCGCCCAGUCGCAGCUCUAUAACCCAGCAAUCACAAGGAAGAGAGAGUAUGCUUCCAUUCUGACAAAGCUUUAUCGAGGAGCGGUUUACUCUGGGUAGAGAUUUAUUAAAGUUCUAAUUAAAAACUUGUGCGGCAUUUGCAUCCAAAAACAACACGCCGACUUCGAGCAUGCGACCGACACCGACCAGUGCCAAUGACAACUCCUCUUCCUCUCUCCAUUUAUCGUCCUGUUUAUGCAUAACAGUGACCUUAUCGUCCCAUUAAUUACCAUUCACUGUCAACCUACUGUCGUAACUCAAAAGUAAUCCACCAAAAAAAUUUUUAUUCAG